AUGGGACUAUUUGUUGCUGAACUUGACUAUCUCAACCCUAGUGGUUCGAAAAGGGACCACAUCGCGUUCGGCAUCAUAGAAGAAGCGGAGAGGUUGGGCACACUCAAGCCUGGACAGCCAAUUGUCGAGCUCACAAGUGUCAGGACAGGCACUGGGCUCUCAUUGGUGCGCGCCAUCAAAGGCUACAGAUUCAUCGCUGUCAUUUGCGAAGGAAAUUCUGUUGAACGUGCUCGCAUGAUGGCCGCAACGGGCGCUGAGGUCGUGCUCGUUGACCAAAUGCCCAGCUCGGUACCGGGACAGAUUUCGGGACCUAAUCCACAACUUAUCGAAAUUGAGCCCGAAGCGUUCCUUGCUGACCAGUUUACCCACGAUGGAAAUUGGUUGGCCCAUUACGACGGAACCGGGACGGAGCUUUGGGAACAGACCGAUGGCAAUCUUGAUGGGUUCGUUGAUUACGUCGGCUCGGGAGGAGGCACGUGUGCUGGUGUGACAAAACGACUCAAGGCGUUGAACUCACCCGGCAAAUGCUUCAUUGUCGAACCUCACGGAGCAGCCCGCCCUAUUCAGGGAGCAGGCUAUGUAAUGCCUGACCUAAUAUAUCUGUAUAAUGUCCCUGUAGACGGCUGCAUUCAAGUCACUGGAGAUCAGGCAAGGGAAGGCGCCAAGCUUUUGGCACGCAAGGAGGGAAUAUUUGGAGGGUUCUCCAGCGGCGCGAACUUAAGCGCGGCUAUCAAGUUGCCCAAAGGGCCCGUGCAAGAGAAGACGUUUGCAAUCAAUGAUUGCGACUCAGGUCUGAAGUGCCUGUCAACUGAUCUUUGGGCUGAGAUAUCAAAGAAAUGA